AUGCAUCUGAUUUUCCUCAUACCCAUUUCACUUCUUCAUUUUCUCGCAACCGCCCAGGGCUUUGGCAAAUGCUCCAGCCCAAUCGUCCGGCGGGAGUGGCGGACGCUUUCCUCGGGCGAGCAGCAAGACUAUAUCGAGGCCGUGCACUGCCUGAUGGAGAAGCCCCCUCGGUCUUCCAUCCCUGCCGCCAUCAGCCGAUAUGACGAUUUCGUGGGGACGCACAUAGUUCAGGCCGACGAGACGCACUUUGUCGGAGUCUUCUAUCCGUUUCACCGCCUUCUCGUAUCAUCAUUUGAGCAGACCCUCCGCCGGGAGUGCGGCUACGCGGGCUCGCAGCCCUACUGGGAUUGGACUCUGGACCUUGACGACUUAGAGGGCAGCCCAAUCUUUGAUCCGGACACGGGUUUCGGCGGUAACGGCGAUUGGGUUGAUGGGACCUUGGACAACCCGGAGUGGGGUGUUCCUGUAGUUGCACACCAGGAUUUCGACGACAGGACAGGAGGCGGCUGUAUCCCCAACGGGCCGUUCCAGGGGAUGGUGACAAGCAUGGGUCCGAAUAGAAAUAUCGAACGGCAGCGGGCUCGCUGUGUCAGGAGAGAUUUUGCUCCCCAGACCUUCAGAGACAGAUGUAAUGUCGAGGAAACCAUGGAUCAAGACUCUUUUGUUGGCUUCCACAGAGCUAGUGAAUCCAUGGCACAUGCCAGCGGCCAUUACGGGAUUGGGGGUUUGUACGGUGCCAUGACGGACAAAUGGGCAAGCCCCGCCGACCCAAUAUUCUGGUUGCACCACAGCAAUGUCGACAGGUUGUGGUGGUCGUGGCAGAUGCGCGACAUUGAGAAUCGCCUCAAAGACAUCUCAGGUCCUCUUGUGGCCCAUGACUGGAGGAAUUGGAACGGCGGGAACAUCUCUUUGGAGUAUCGAGUCAAGCUUUCAGCAAUCGGGGACGAGGCGCCUCUCUUUGACUUGAUGGAUAUACAGGGAUCGUACUUCUGCUAUGAGUUUGACGAGCUUUACGAGUGA